AUGUACAACAAGUUGCAAGCUACCACAGAAAAUCCUAUUUUCCAAGGAGAACGUCAAAGAAAGAAAUACUUGGAAUUGCAACGUUGUAAUUUAUGCUCUGCUUUUAUCUCUAAGCGUUUCUUUGCCAGCCACAAAAGAACGUGCAUGAGAAGACAAGAUGCUGUCCCAACAGGCUUGCCAUUGUCACUGGACUUCCUUCCAAUGUCACUCCAAAUGUCGGAUCAAUUCAAGGAAGUCAUUUUGGCCAAGCUUAGAGAUGAUCCCGUAGGAAAUAUAUGUCGCAAAGAUGAAAUGAUAUUACGAAUUGGAAUGAAGUUGUUUGCAAAGCUUGUAGUCAAAAAAGAAAAAGCAGCCACCGUGAAUAAAUCUGUUAGGGGUCAUAUGCGAGUGUUAGGUAGCCUGUACCAAUCUUUUAAGAGGAUGAAUGGCGUUUGUCAUGAUCAUGGUAAUUUGUUAGAUAUGUUUGUGCGAAAGAAUUUUACGUGUUUUACUGAUGCCAUUGACGCUGUUACUUUGAAUGUUGAUCGUAGUCUUAAGCCAGGACUACGCCAGAAUGUUUUUUACAUCAUCAACAAAAGUGUAAAAAUAUUGUAUGCUCAUCAAUAUAUGUUAGCUAACGAAGAGGAGGCCAGUGAAAUCGAAAAAUUUAUGGUAUGCUAUAAAGCCAACGAGGAUUGCAUGGUUUCCUCUGCACGAUACGAGCUUGAAAAAAAAAGGCUAGUUAAAAUAAGAAAACCAUGUCAGUUGCCUUUGGAAAGCGACAUUGAGAAAAUACAUCAACAUAUUCUCAAGAGAAUGGGUGAACUACUGUGUGUUUUUGAGUUAUGGACUGCUCACUCUUUUGUUGAACUGAGGAACUUAGUACUCACACGACUAACAUUAUUGAAUGGGCGCCGUGGUGGGGAAACAAGUCGCCUCCUAGUAAAAGAUUGGUUAGAAGCAGAAAGCGAUAACUGGAUUGAUCAACAACGUCUUCAGAGUUUGAAUGAAGCUGACAAACUAUUAGUGAGUUCACUAAAAAUAACCUACAUGACGGGUAAAGGAAAUCAUCAUUUGGUGUCUGUUUUAUUUCCAAACGACACUACUUCUGCUAUGAAAAGGUUAGUUGAUCCAAAAUUUAGAUUCAAGGCUGGUAUCGAUAAAAAUAAUGAUUUUGUGUUUGCCAGCACACAGCUGUCAUCUUUAAAUGUGUCUGGCUGGCAUGCAUUGAAAGAAGUCUGUAAGAAACUAGAACUUACCAAUGUGGAAAUUAUAAAUGCAACCACUAAUAGACACCGCGUCAGCACUUUAUAUGCUGCGUUGGACCUGCCACAACAGGAAAGACAACUGUUCUACGCCCAUAUGGGUCAUUCUGAAAGCAUGAAUAAAGAUAUUUAUCAAGCCCCAUUAGCUUUAAUGGGAGUCACAAAGAUUGGAAAACAAUUAAUAAAUCUCCAUGCAAGCGAUAACGGUCAUAUUGAAGAAACUGAUAAAAGUUUAAAAACAUUUAAAGACAAAACUCAUACAGUCAUUGUUUUUGAUGAAAUUUUUUCAAAUCAAUGUGUGAUCCAAAACCUAAAGAUCUUCCCCAUCAUUGUUUUAUAUUGUUUGGAAAAUUACCUUGAAGCUGCUCAAUGGACUACAUAG